CGCUCGGAUGCCAAUGUCGAAAGCACAAAAUAUACAGCCAUGAAACGUCGCCUUCUCUCCUUGACGUCGGCAUUUCGGAUGCUACACUUUUUGCUGAAAUGGGAGACUGCGGUGAGCUGGGAAGAGGAACGACAACCAACCCCUUACCCCAAUAGUUUUCGGAUCCCCUUUUUCACCAACGUGAGCGACGAUAGCGACGAUCGAGCGACCGUUUCCGGUAUGCUGUACUACGACUGGACAAUCCGGAGUCAGCGUGUCGACCACGGUGCCGGGUCGUACGAAUGUGUGCAUUUUUACAACGCAUUGGACGAACCGUGUUCGCUCUUCUUUACGCCCUCGGGGAUGUAUCGAGUUCUUCCGGACAACAAUAAGACAACCCUUCCGUGCUGCUUGGAUCUCCCAGGCGUUGGAGCUCCGGCACCCACCUGGGCUGAAAGCGCCAACGGAUCCUAUCACGGAAUGGUGUACGAGGAAUACUCGGAACGACUAGCCUACCAAUGGACGUUUAAUCAAGUCGACUCCCGAAAUCUUGUCGUGGAUAGAAGUAGUGCCUUCCAUACAGCUUUGGAAGUUGCGGAAGGCUCCUACACCGGUCGGCCACUCACCUUUACGUUCCCGGGGAGAGCACAAGGACGACAAGACUAUCAUUUCACCGUCGAACUCAUGUACAUCGGUCCCCUGGCAAAGUCCAUUUUUGACCUACCCGACAACUGCGCGAGGACACUUUGUCAGGAUUCUUCUACUCUGGGUUGAC